AUGGAGGUUGACAAUGACACACAACCAACCGUUAACAUCGAUGAAACUCUAACGAUUCAAUGUGAUUGGCAUCUUGCUCUCAGAGAACCUAUUUCACUGUUCUGGCUUGGAAUUAAACGAUCUGGCGCUGCGAAGUCCGAAUUCUUCGACGUCCAAGUCACAAAAUUGGUUGACGAAUAUGGGUUUGCGGUAAUGCCUGGAGAAGGAACAAUCAAGUCUUCCGCUUUUACGAAAAUUUUACUGGACGAGCUUAGAGUUCUCGAAGGUCAUAUAAUGGAUGUCUAUCGCUGCAUGUACUUUCCAUCUGGUCUUGUUGUUCUGAGCGGCGGAAUGGACAUGACAGUCAAAAUUUGGGGAGUUGACAGCGGAAAGUGUGCUGCGACUCUGAAAGGACAUACACAAGCAGUCACUGGUCUUGGGAUAAUCGGCGUUGGUCGUGAAGUACUCUCUUGUUCCAACGAUGGAACAGCACGAAUGUGGGAGUGUCGAGAUUCAAAAACAGUAAAAACUUGGAACUUCGGAAAAGGAAGAUGCGCUGAUUUAUCAGUUUCCGUUGAUUGCUCACGGUUUGCAGUUAUUUGCGAGAGUAAUUUCCUAUCAGUCAUAGAUCUGCACGGAGACCAAGUUCGUCGUGACAUCAAACUACCAUCUGAACCAUCGGCUCUCUGUUUUUCAAAUGAUGAAGCUGGCGAAAUCGUGUUUGUUGGCUUCGAAGACGGUAGUGUGGGAGCAUAUAACGUUGCUCAACAACAUCUUAUUGGUCAGAUAAAGACUCAGAAAAGCAGUGUUAAGUGCCUGAAGUACUUCUGUAAUCGCCUCUUGGUCGCUUUCAAUGAUGGAGGUGUUUUCGCAUACCCCAUUCCAUCGCUUCCUCAGAAAUCUGGAGAGUCAACUGAUGAGUCUGAAAACAUAAUUUCUGCGGAGUACGAACUUACCGGUGCUGAUUGUGAUCCCAUUUACGACAUAGCCAUUCACAAACGGAGUGUUUACACUUGCUGCAGAGAUGGUGUUGUUCGUAUGUAUAAACUUCUUUGGAACACAUAA